UCGCCGUAGCUGAUCCUUCCACUUCCGGUAGUGCUAACCAAGAAGGCGUGAUGGCGACGUCAAUGUUGUUGUCUUCAUUUUGCUGCUUUUUAGACACUUAACAUCUCUGUCAAGUCUUUCAACUUCACACUUUCUUCUCUGGGGAGGAACUAGCAAGGGCGGGAACUUGUUUCCUGGAGGAGGAGGAGGAAUCUUCUCAAAGCAAAGAGGAGAACGGACAACAUCACUUUUUGCCACAGAGCAGCGCUGCCAACAAUGGAGGACGUUGGCGAGACACAGCCAACCCCCAUUAAAGAGGAAGAGCAGGACCACAGCAUCAGUCGGGAGGACCCGGAAGGACCGGAGGACAAGCAGGUGAUCCGGGUCAUCGUGAAGAGUGAGGAGGACGCGGACCCUCCAAGCAGCAGCUGGACACCAGAAGCUGACGUAGACCACUUGGGGUCAGCUCCAGGAUCAGGUAGUGACCACACCACGGCACACUCCACUCGUCACAUGACCACGGAAACCGAUGUAGACCACUUGGAAUCAGCUUCAGGAUCAGGUAGUGACCACACCACUCGUCACAUGACCACGGAAACCGAUGUAGACCACAUGGGGUCAGCUCCAGGAUCAGGUAGUGACCACACCACCGCACACUCCACGCGUCACCUCGACAACACCCGAGUGAUGUGCUCCGAAUGCGACCGGGCUUUUUACGACAAGAAAACGCUGACGGUGCACAUGCGCACGCACACCGGAGAGAAACCGUUUGUCUGCGCCGUGUGCGGCAAGACGUUCGCCCAGAGGGGGAAUCUGAUCAAACACACCAGGACGCACACGGGAGAGAAACCCUUUUCCUGCCCGUUCUGCACCACCAGUUACAGCGACCGCUCGACUUUGGUGAAACACAUCCGGCGGCACACCGGCGAGAAACCGUUCGGCUGCUCGCACUGCCCGGAGAAGUUCUCCCGCAAGUCGAACCUGAUCACGCACACGAGGACGCACACCGGAGAAAAACCCUUUCGCUGCGCGGUCUGCAGCGCCGCCUUCGGCGACCGCUCCACGUUGAACAAGCACGCCAGGACGCACACGGGGGAGAAACCCUUCGGCUGCUCGGCGUGCGGGCAGAGGUUCUCGCAGAGGGAGCACCUGAGAAGACACGCCAGGACGCACACCGGGGAGAAACCCUUCCCCUGCGCCGUUUGCAGCAAAAGCUUUAGCGACCGCUCAACGUUUGUCCGCCACAUGGGGAGACACCCUGGGCAGGUGGUCUCAGCCGCUAACGUGGACCAAGGGCACUGAAGCCACGCGCACCGGGACUAUAGUUUUAUUUGCUGAUUCCAGACCGGGGACUAGAAAGGACCCUCAAACUGAUGGAGAAGAAGAACUUUUCUACCUUGUAUGAAAUUGUCUUUCUAAUUAAACUGUAAACUUAC